AUGCUGGCUCGUAGAAUACUGGGCCAAUCCAGAUUUGUCAUGUUUAAACCCCCUGCUAUGUCAUGCACUUCCAUAAUAAUUCGUAUGUUUUAAAGAAGUCUUCUUAAAUUCGUUUAGAACAUCGAACUGUUCGAUUCAAGGCAUCAAAUGGUCAUCAUUCAGAAGAAAAGGGACAUAAAGAGGAAAGGGAACAGAAGACAGAUGAAAAGAAAGAUGAAUAUGAAGGUGAAAAGGAAAAACCAGAAGUGAAAAUUGACCCUGAAACGGGUAGGGCCUUAACGUCUCAAACUUUUUGGUUGUUUUAGCGAAGAAACUUCGAUUAUUCGGUUUGUUGACCUUUGUGACCUCCGGAAUUCUAUCAUUUUAUCUGUUAAAACAGAUGUUUGCUUCUCCGAUGGUGGGAGGAGAUCCAAUACCGUUUAACGAUUUUGUGGAGAAAUUCUUGAAGGCUGGGGAGGUAGGGUUAUUUAAUGAUUUUAAUGGUGAUUUAGAUUAAAUACAUUAUUUAUUCGCCAUCUCAAGGAGUCGCGAUGGCACAGCUUCACGAAGGAGCUGUCAUUGAAGGAAAACCGGUACGAAAUUUGAAACGAGGAUGAUAACUCUGUGGAAUGACUGUCAACUAUUUAAAUUUUAGUGGCCCCAGCCCAUGGUUUUGGUCCAAUACAAGCAUCCGACUGGAGAGAAUUCAAAUUUUGAGGCUGAAGUUCGAAAAGUUGAAGAAGAACUUGGGGUUCGACAUCAAGAUAGGAUUACAAUUACUGUAGUCGAAGGAAUGAGCGGCAGAAAAGUCAUAGAGAUCGUCAUCGCCCUUUCUAUAUUGUUCUUUCUCUUCUCCCAAUACGGUCGUCUAAUCAGAAAUCGAAUUGUCCAAGCGAAAACUAAAGGAAAUUAAAUAAAUUUUUAUUAGGAAAGAGUAUUCUGGAUAGUCUAAUAGGGUUGCAUUCCAAGUCACUUAUUCUAUUAAAACAUGAAUUUAUUCUUUAUUUGUUUUAUAGAUGUCCCAUAAACCAGGCCAGACAUUGGCCGCGCUUCUGGAAGAGGGAUGUCGGAGAUAUAAGAAUUGUCAGCCCGUCAAAAACAACUUCGAAACUGCCAAUGUAGGUCUUGAAGAUGAUAAAGCCAUGCAAAUGAUUAGGGUCAACAUGGAACUGAAUUAAGUAUAGAAGAAUUUAAAGCACAAUCGAUCUCAAGAAACAGGAAGACGGCCCAACAUCUAGCUGCCCGCGAUGUUCUCCUUCAGAUUGUAAGAGCCGGAAGAUACAAAGAUUUCUUCAUCCCGGGUGAUAAUCAAGCCGAAGCUGAACAAUACAUGUAUGUCGACGUUGCUUUCGUAAUACUCAUCAUGGCUUUUCUUUUAACCUAAUCCCUUGAUGCCUCAUUUGUUUGGAUUCCUUUAUUUCAGUCUUGGCCUGCAGCCAGAACUCGGAACUGAUGAACAGAUGGCCAACGAGAAUUGGCCAGGCAAAUGUGAUCUCUUGUGUGCCCAAAAAAGGAUCAACUCCAAGCCGACGUACGACAUCGAAGCGAUCGAAGAACAGAACCAAACGUUAAAGAUGUUCAAAUGUGUAUGCACCUUGAAGAGCAUCAUCGUCACUGAAGUUGGAACAUCCAAGAAAAAAGCAAAAGCAGCAGCAGCCAAGAGAAUGUAUGAUCGGAUUAAUGAAGAGAUCCAAGGAGGUAAGGGAACACAAAGACUACAUUACUUUACAGUAGUCGAAUUGAAUAUCAUUCAAAAUGAGCCCAAGAACAAGGAAAGUAAAUUCACCGAGGUGAAAGAAAAGGAGGAAGUUAUGCUAGAAGGGAGAUUUUCGGAAUGGCUCAGAGGGAAGCUGGAGAAAUGGAGUGAUCUUGAACAUGUUGUACAUGACAGGUGUAAAGAUGCCUAUCCCCUGUUCCAGCGAGUCUGCUCGGUCGCUGAGAAAGACCAACAAUCGAUACUCAAAAAGAUCUGGCCCAAUAUGAAAUACAAAUUCCUUUUAGAUUUGAAUCAAAGUACUCCUUUUGAGGAUAGUAUGAUAGAAUCACUUCAGAAGGAUAUUGAUCAUAAUCCUAUCUUGAAAGGUAUGAAUACAAGUCAAGAAAAAUAACUUUUUUUAGAUGAGAUUACCGUAUUCUUAGACAUCUACUGUGAUGAUAAAUGUAACAAUGUAUUUACUGGAACAGGAAAGAACAUAGCAAUUGCGAAGGAAUUAGCCUGCUGCUCGGCUCUCAUGUUCUUGAAGGUCUACGUGGACGCGCAUGUAAAGUAA